AAAUGCAUGGAGUGUGGAAACAGCUUUACGAACAGUAGAGAACUUACUUCUCAUAAAAGGAUCCACACAAGAGAGAAGCCCUACAAAUGCACAGAGUGUGGAAAGUGCUUGAGCUCACUCAGAAAUCUUUCUGUACAUGAAACAAUCCACACAGGGAAAAGGCCUUAUAAAUGUAUGGAGUGUGGAAAGACCUUUAUUCAUACAACUCAUCUUAGUUCACAUACAAGGACCCACACAGGAGAGAAGCCCUAUAAAUGCAUUCAGUGUGGAAAGAGCUUUACUCAGAGCAGCAAUCUUACUUCCCAUGAAAGGAUCCACACAGGAGAGAAGCCCUAUAAAUGCAUGGAGUGUGGAAAGAGCUUCACUUUUAGUACUUCUCUUACUUUGCAUUAUCGGAUCCAUACAGGUGAGAAGCCCUAUACAUGCGUGGAAUGUGGAAAGAGCUUUACUCAUAGGAGCAGUCUUGCUUGCCACAAAAGGAUCCAUACAGGGGGAAAGCCAUAUACAUGCCUGGAGUGUGGAAAGAGCUUUGUUAAGAACUCUCAACUUAUUUACCAUAGUAGGACACAUACAGGGGAGAAGCCAUAUAAAUGCAUGGAGUGUGGUAAGGCUUUUAUUACAAACAGUUAUCUUAACUUCCACAAAAAAACCCAUACAGGGGAGAAGCCUUAUAAGUGCAUGGAAUGUGGAAAGAGCUUUUCUACAAACAGUUAUCUUAACACCCAUAAAAGGACCCACACAGGGGAGAAGCCCUAUAAAUGCCUGGAGUGUGGAAAGAGCUUCACUUGUAGUACUUCUCUUACUUUCCAUUACCAGUUACAUAAAGGGCAGACACAUAAAUGCAUGGAAUGUGGAAAGAGUUUUUCUACAAACAGUUAUCUUAACAUCCAUAAAAGGACCCAUGCAGGGGAGAAAGCUUAUAAAUGCAUAGAAUGUGGAAAGAUUUUUUCUACGAACAAUUAUCUUAACAAACAUAAAAGGACCCAUACAGGGGAGAAGCCGUACAAAUGUAUGGUGUGUGGAAAAGGUUUUAUGAUGAGCAGUCAUGUUAAAUACCAUAAAAGGAUCCAUACAGGGGAGAAGCCACAUAAAUGCAUGGAAUGUGGAAAGAGCUUUAUUAAGAACUACCAACUUAUUUACCAUAGUAGGACACAUACCGGGGAGAAGCCAUAUAAAUGCAUAGAGUGUGGAAAAUGCUUUUCUGUCUCUAGUAGUCUUACCCGCCAUAAAAAGACUCACACAGGGGAGAAGCCUUAUAAAUGCAUUGAUUGUGGAAAGUGUUUUUCUACGAAGAAUUAUCUUAACACCCAUAAAAGGAUCCACACAGGGGAGAAGCCGUAUAAAUGUAUGGUAUGUGGAAAAGGUUUUAUUAUGAAUAGUUAUCUUAACUCUCAUAAAAGGACCACACAGUGUAAAAGCCCUAUAAAUCUGUGAAAUGUAACAUCUUCAAGAGGACCAAUGGGCGAAUGUUCCAUAUACAAAUACAUUUGGGUGAUAAUCUGUUUAACUGUUAGGUUUAGUUGUUGAAAUAUAUGCAUUUCCUAAUUA